AUUGGGUCGAGUGAAACACUCGCUGAUCAAGCGUCAAACACGUAAGUUGCUUGGACAGCAUGAUUCUUUUGGUGGAUAUCUGCAUCAUGCUAUUAACAACUACUAAUUCUCCAAAUAUGAUAAACACUUUAAAAAAAGUUUUAAAUAACAAUAAAUUCAGGAGAACUCCAAUUGCUAUAAAUUUCACAAAAUAACAUCUUCUGUUACUUAUUAAAUUAUAGUUUACUGGUUCAGAUUAGUCCAUUAUUUAUAAUUUUUUACUGAUCAAAAUUUAAUUGUAAGUUCUAGUUAUUUGGGAUUUCUCUGUAUUGUGUAGUAAAGUAGAUGUACAAAGUUUUAAACUUUUGUACUCCCUAAUAACAAAAGAUUGUGUAACCUUCAAAGGUUACUAGUGUAGCGGAGAAGGCAAUCCGAACGCACAAUAUAAAUCACGGUUUAAUCAAAUGAAGUACGUAAUCAAAAUUACAAACGAAAAUAAGGAGAUCGGUGUGAAAUCUCAGAUGAAGAGGGCGAAGUAAGAUUGAAGAUAGCGUAGUUAUGAUUGAUGGUAACGUUGUAGCUGAAUUUGUGUUGUUCGAACUAAAAGAAAAUGCAGCAGAAAUUAAACUAAGAAAAUAUCCUUGAGAAAUGUAACACUAGCCCGAUUAACAAUGAAGCGAUUAUAAAGUGAACUGAAAGCGAGAAAUAAAUCGAUAUACGUAUAAAAAAAAAAAGGAAAUAUCUCAAAUGUGAAAUAAAGAAAAACUUACUUUGGUCUAGCUCCUAAUGAUUGUAGAUAAAUCGCCGAUAGCGGAUUGUACGUGAAUAGCAGACAAAAUUGAUAGUGUCGACAGCAACUUAUAGCGAUGAAAUAUGAAAUAUGAUAUCUGGUACAUGUGCUUAAAAAAAAAUCAGAAACUGAUUGAAAUAAAAAAACUUAUUAAGUAAUAAUCAUUAACCAACGAAGAAAUAAUAGACCGGAACAAACAUAACAGAAAAGUACACAAGUUACGCGUUUCGAAACUAACAGAUUGUUGCAUUAUAACUGUUGCAUGGUCAGUUAAGUCAUUCUCUACAAACCCCAGUGAAUUUAAAAUGAACCUGUCUAUCAACAUUUCUGCAGGUUGGAAAUUUUUGUGAAACCUUUAUCUUUAAAAUAAUAUGCAGCCAAUGAAAAGAGUCAUAUAUAUCAUUCAGAAUGUUCUAGUCAAAAUAUAAUUUAUUAUUCAUAUCUUUAUUUAUAUGCUGAAAGCAAAACAUUUUUUUUCGGUUUACUUCAAAAAUAAUGCAUACUGUCACCCUUGCUUAUUUUAGCACUUCUUGCAGUAUUGAAAUUUCUUCUAUCCAUCUGGGUGGAAAAAAAUAGAAUAAAAUUAAAUAUUUCAUGAGUUAAAUGUGUCAGUGAAUUGUUGUUUAAUCACAUUUUUGUUCAAGAUAAAUCUAUUAUAAUAUGUCAUGUAAAUUAAAAGGUUUGUUGAUUUUGCUUGACAAGAUAAUCUUUUUUGUUUACAUCAAACUCUGGUGCUUAUGAAUAAUGUAUUUGUCAAACCUAAAGCAAUUUUUAAGCUAGUAUUAUACUUCAAUCAGAUAGUGAUGCAUUAAACAAAAUAGAUCACAGAUUUUUUGUUUGUUUUCAGCCUUGGUAAUAUUUUAGAUCACCUUACUGCCAGUGUUAUUGGUGAUGUAAACAGUGAAGUGGACACUGAAAUAAGGCAAGGACCACAAGUUAAUGGAAAUCAACCUCCAGGUAUACGAAAGCUUUAUGAUGCAGUGAGACUCAGAGCCAAAUAGUAAACAGGAGGGAUACUGGGUUAAAAAGGGUGGAUUCAAGCAUAUGUUAAGAUCUAACGAACUAACUUAAUCCUCUUUGUGCAUCCCUCUACAUAAGGCCACGGUUAGGGAAGGCUAUUGAAAUCUGUCAGUUGCCAGGUGGUCAAACUGCCCUCAUGCCCAGCCUCUAUCCCUCAUUUCCCUUUCUGCAGUUCUCCUCUAAGUUUUGAGUGACAAAUGUAUGGGAGUCCAUUACAAGCAUGCACCUGUGACUCUGAGACUGGCAGUUUCCUUUUCACUUUUCCUAUGUUUUUAUGACACAUAUGCCAUACCUUAAGUGUGAGAUGUCAAAUGGCUUUUCAGGGAGACAUAUAUUUGGAUAGGGAAAACUAACGAUGAACCAAAUGAGCCUAAUCUUCUUUGGAAUAACUUUUGUUCAAUUACUUCUGGCAUAACAUGUAAACAAUUGCAUCUAAUUAAUAAUAUAGAAAAAUUUUCGACUCUAUUUGAAUUUAAAGGAAGUCUUCCUAUUUUAAUAUUUAUUUAUAUCUAUUUAUUUAUUUAUCUACUUUUUAAAUGUUUUGGUUAACUUAAGGUAUUUCAACAUUUGUGAUGUUGUUAUCUCAUAGUUCACUCUUGGUAUCAAUCAUCAACUGAUGAAGAUUUGUUGCCAAAACAAGCACAAGAUGUGGAAAAGGUACUUUAAGUAUUGCAAGUGUUAGAUAGUAAUGUCUGAGACCUAUAUGAUGAGGAAAAGUUAUGUAAAUGUGGAGGCCAUAUGCAUGCAAACCUAAGAUGAAGCCAACUCAUGCUUGUAGCUUUUUAGAUAGAUGUAGGCUAAUGAUUCUUAAGCUAUUUAUUAAUAAUGAUAUUAAGUGGUAAAUGAUCAAAUUUACUUUUGAUAGAAAUGUUACUUAAUUUUUCUUUACUUAUUCAAUAACUUAAUUGGCCUGAAAUAGUUGUGUUUUUCAAGGGCUAUUGUUUUUUUAUUCCUGAGUAGGGAAUUAAGACUUCCCUUCAUUAAGUACUUAACUUUUUUAAGCAAAAUGGGAAAUUAUUGCAAUAUUUAUUUGAAAGACAAAUCAAGUUUUACCCUUAAGAUUUUAUGAACUUUUCAUUCUUUCAUCCCAUAUAAUUCAAUAAUUCUUCUGAUAUCAGCCCAACGAAAACCGGGGUCAUUGUGCACAGUUUGCAGCUCUUGCUGUAAGAUCAGUAGCCUUGGUCUGCCAACUAAACCAUUCCUUGCCACAGUUGAAAGACGAUCGUUUAGGGACGAUGGUGCAGUAAACAUAGAACGUUGCGAGUCCUCGAAAAUUCUGUCAAAGUCCCUUGAAAGUUCGCUCAUAAGAAAAACAAGUUCGUUUAGAUCAGAGAUCACCUCAACUUCGUUUGGGAAGGCUUCUUCUAUUCCUAGAGUCAAAGUGACAAGAGUUCUUUCGUAUUCUCGUAAACGACGACUUAAAAAAAUUCACUGAGUCAUAGGACGCAGUGUUCCUUUGCCCUUCUCCUACCCAAAGACGUAAAAAAUUCUUCGAAGUUGGGCAGCCAAAUCCGUACACCUUGCGUAGUGCUUCUCAAACUCUGCCUUUAUUUCUGCCAUUUUGAAAGGGUUAGUUUCCGGAGCUUCUUGUUUAAUCUGACUUCCGGUCAUUUCUAUUUCCGCUUCCUCAUCUUUUAGUUUCAUUGAACAUCUUUUAGUUAUAUUAGGUCACGUGUGAAUGGGCUAGGAAAGCGAUGUAUGCUGCACAACAUCGAUGUAUGACAUCCAAAAUCGAUGUAUUCCGGAUGAAAUUGAUUUAUUUUAUUUUAAGACUUGUAUUAUAACGCAUAACAAUAACGUAAUUAAACAAAACAUUUAUGUAUCCAUGUUUGAUAUUUUGUCCGUAAAAGAACCUCAUACUGUUCCGCUUUGAGACAUGCAGUUAACAAUACUCAUGAGCAAGAAGUUAAGAUAUAACUUAUUAACUUUUAUUAUUUUUAUCAUCCAAUCACAGGUCGGAGCCAUUCCUGUAUUUAGUCACUGGUACGUUGGGUCAUCAUGUUUGUUUGUUAUGAUGUACUUUCAAAACUAAAAGGUUUUUUCGUUUAACAAAGGAAAAGUAAAAGAAGUAAUCGUUCGAAUAGGGAGUUCUUUACAUUUUCAUAGAAAGAUUUGUUCCUUUCUUCAAGUAAGAAUAGUGAUCGUGUUCACGAGCGUUUCGAUCUAGUUAAAGUUAUUACGUAAAUAAAUGUCUACGUUCUCGCUGUUGGAUCUUAUUGAAAGUGACAUGUGAAGGUGAGAUGUCUUAUCAGUAUCAAUUAGUAUACCUUUUAUAUUGAUGUUUCUCACUUAUAAUUGUUGUGCGAAAUGACCACUAAGAAUUGUGCGAACGUUCCAAAACUUGUGCUAAAAGACUUGUGCGAAAAGUCUUUUGUACGAAAUGUCCUGUAUUCUAUUGUUACUGUAAGGAGAAAUUCUGUUUUGGACACUCGUGGGAGCUAAAGGGUUAAUACUAUAAUUUCUUGAUAAAAGUCACAUAAAGAAUUUUGUCACUUUUAAUAAGUUGUAAAGUGGGUAGCAACUGCAACAAUGUCAAAAAUUGACUUUUAAGAUAUUCUGUUUUCAGUCCCAGUGGCAAUGACAGUAUUGGCAGAGUACAACCACAAAACUGCAGUGGAAAUGCAGGUAUUUUUUUCAUAUUUUGUUUAAUGAGUUAGGAACAGUUUAUAACAACAUAGCUAGAAAAUUCAAAAAUCCAAAUGCUUCAUAAUCGAAUUGUACAUGCCUAUGACAUAAGAAAACAAGUGUCUUGAAAUUGAGAAUUUUCCUCAGCAUUUGACUGCAGAGUUCCCCUCCAGCUUGGCCACAAGUUUUGAGAUUUUGAAGAUGGUUUUUCCAUUCUAUCCAGAUUGAGAUAGACCUGUAGAGGCCCUAACUAAGUGAAAAGUAGAUUUACAGAAGGCAGUUGACAUCUAAGCCUGAAAAUUGAUGAAAAGAGUGUACAAGUGAACAAUACUACACAUCCCAAAGGCAAUACAAAUUAUGGCUAUAAAUUUAGCUGAAUUGUAGACUAUAGCUGGGCUUUGCUACUUUUUAUAAACCCCAGAUGUACAAAUGGAUUUUUAAAAUUUGAUCAUUAAGUAUACUCUGCUAUUUUUGUGCAAAAUUUUGAUUUCUGAGUACAUUUUGGCUUAAACUAUUAUUUUUUUGUGUAGCUAUUAAACUGCUCUUAUUUCAUUAGAGCAUUAGAUUUGAUUUAAAUUUAUACUGG